ACUGAUGUGAAGAUAGGUAUUUCUUGACUAGACCACUCACCCUGCCUUUUUAGAUCAGCUCUUAAGGCACUAGACAUACUACUGAAUGGUCUUUUGCAAUAUUUAAAAAACAGAACUUCCUCCUUCCAUCUGAGACUAUUAUUUCACUGGCACUGAAGUUGAGAAAGUUAUCCAUUUUUUUAAAAAUUUCCUCCUGUUUCAAUUUGUCUGGCUCUGCUGCCUGGGCUCUGUUAUUCUGUUUUGCUUUCAGUAAGAGAAGAUAUAACAAGAUCAUCAGAGUUGAGAACUCAUCUAAUUCCUUAAUGGCUUGUUGUUUAUACCCUUUGAUUUUGAUGGGGUUUUUCUCUGUUAGCUGUGAAGUAUCUCAGCCUGUAGAUGGGAUGUGCACUGAGGUCACAGCCAACAAAAAUUAUAGUUGUGAAGGGUUAGGACUGACAGAGAUUCCUGAAACGCUUCCAGCCACGACAGAAAAUCUUGACUUCAGCUUUAACUUGCUUUCUUCCCUUCAGAAUACAACUUUCAACAUGCUAAAGUAUCUGGAAUAUUUAGAUUUAACAAGGUGUCAAAUCAACUGGGUGUAUGAAGGUGCCUUUCAGAGCAAUACCCGACUGAACACAAUUGUAUUGACUGGAAAUCUACUCAUGUUUCUGUCUGAUGCUGCAUUUGUUGGCCCCAAGUCUCUGAAGCAUCUCAUCUUAACGCAGACAGGUCUCAGCACCUUAUCUUUUAUUCCAAUGAAGAAUCUGCAUAAUUUAGAGACUUUUACCUUGGGCAGCAAUCACAUCUCCUCACUGCAACUUCCUUUGAAUUUUCCAACCAGAAACCUCAAACACCUUGAUUUUCAAAUGAAUAACAUUAAAAGAAUAAUGACAAAAGAUGUAGCCAUCCUGCAGCAAUCCCAUAAUUUAACUCUCAUCCUGAAAGGCAAUGAUAUGACAUACAUUGAAGAUGGGGCUUUCCAGUCCACAUUCUUCUACAGUGUGGACUUUGGAGGUUGCAUUGACAUCUCUGUAGUAUUAUCAGGUAUGCAAGGUUCCCAAACCCACAUUCUUAAGCUGGAGACAUUUGAAGAUGUAGAGGAUGGGCUUCCCACAAGUCCGGCCAUGCUACAAGGCCUGUGUAAUAUUUCUGUGAAGGAUGUCAACCUACAGAAACGACACUUCCAAUAUCUGAGUUCUACCACAUUUCAAUGUCUGACCAAACUCCAAAGCCUGGAUCUAACUUACACCUACCUCAAGGCAUUACCUCCUAACAUGACUGUCAUGAACACACUGAAGGAAUUAAUCCUUAGUAAGAAUUCUUUUCAGUAUAUUUGCAACAUUAGUUCUGCUACCUUCCCUUCCCUUACCCAUCUUUAUAUUAAAAAAAAUUCUGUGAGACUGGACUUUGGCUCUGGCUGUUUGGAAAAUCUGUCAAAGCUUCAACACCUAGAUUUAAGCAACAGUUAUAUAGCAAGCAUAGACUGUUGCAGCCAACAUCUGAAAGGCCUGAGCAGAUUACAGCACCUGAAUCUGAGCUACAAUGAGAAGCUCCAUCUCAAAAAUAUACCCUUUCAGGAAUGUGGUAACCUAGAACUCCUGGAUUUAGCUUUUACACUUCUUCAUAUAGAUACUCCCUCUGGACCUUUCCAAAAUCUGCAUCACUUGCGUGUCCUGAACCUCUCUUACUCCUCUGUUAAUACAAGCAUUCAGGGCCUCUUACAGGGACUGAAAAACCUUGUCCUGUUGAACUUUAGUGGAAAUAAGUUUGAGUCAGGGAGCAUUCUGAAUGGCAACCUGUUUCAGCAGGCACCCAGUUUAGAGGUGUUAAUUUUAUCAUCCUGUGAACUCACAGCUAUACAAGACGAAGCAUUUCACACCCUCAGGAAACUAAAGCAUGCUGAUCUGAGCUACAACAAACUUACUACAUUCAACACAGAGGCAUUUUUCAAUCUCAAGAGCCUGUAUCUCAAUUUUGCUAAUAACAAGAUUCAUAUCAUACCACGUGAUAUGUUAACUAUCCUAUCUGGCCAGAGCAUAAUCAAUUUAAGUUACAAUCCACUGGAAUGCACCUGCUCUAAUAUUGACUUAUUAACAUGGUACAAGCAGAAUAUGGAUAAAAUUGAAGACCUCAAAGGAACAGUGUGUUCUGAACCAGCAUCUCUAGCAGGUGUUCAGCUGUCCACUGUUACACUGUCCUGUGGGAUCAGCAUUACAGAAGUAGUUUUGAUUGUGAUGUUCUUGAUAUUGAUUGUUGUUAUACUUGUGAUUUUGAGGGCAUGCAUUUUAAAGAGAAACUACCAGCAAAUGUAAACUUGCAAGGGAUUGGUGACAGUAAUAUUCCACACAAAAGAGAAGAUAUAAAGGCAGGUUAUGAAGAAAGGACCAUUUUUCUACUUGUUAUUUUGAAUCUGGACUGUAAUUCUCUUGACAUUAGUAUUACAUACUUCUCAUUACAAUUUUUAGGAACUAAUUACUACAUUAUCCUCCAACCCAUGUCCACUGAGAGAGGAUGGGAGUGGGCUCUCUCUGCCUGCAGAAGUAUAGACAAGUAAGCUAGGGAUUGUAAGUUAGCUCGGACAUAUGCUGCAAACCUGGAUGCUCACGUUGCUGACAGCUCUUGCACAGUGUUGUUCUGGGUAAUGGACUUAUCUAGUGAGCUCUGCCAAAACACAAAGACUUGUCGUUACUUAAUUACACUGUAUUAAAGAGCUUUUUUCUAUAUCACGGAUUACAAACACUGAGGAACAGUAUUUAGAGUUAACAUUUCUACUUGGCCAAAAGACCAAGAAGUACUUUCUGUGUCUCAUGCUGCUAGAAUGCAAGUGGUUUUGCACCAUUGCUUCAAUAACAAGCUCACCCUGAUGUAGAGAAACAAUCUCCUCUAAGGCUAUGCACCAUUUUAUCUCCACAGAAGCAUUAUACACUGUACCUAAUCUUGGUCUGCCUAGAGCAAAGGCUCCCAGCUGUGAGAAAACAAUGUUGCAUUUACUCAGUGAAGAGCUAGUCUCUUGAAAUACUUUCGAUAUGGAUUUCAAACUGUGUUUCAGCUAUUGCCUCAAAGGCUUUUUCUGACAAUUCCCUGCAUAAUAAAUUACCUACCUUAGAUUUUAAAGGUCACCCCUAGGUCAGAGAACUCUCACUCUGAGCUUGAGGAAAGAAGAAUACAUUUUUUUAAAGGAAAUACUUUUUAUCUGCUGCAGUGGAAAGCACAUGUGGCUGUUGACAGUCCAAAAAUGGAGUUCUGUUGUUCUUCAAAAUGUUUGUAAGCCACAUACACAAUUGGAAAUAUAAUAUACAGCCUCCAACUCUGAGCAACUUUGUUGAUCAACCGUUCUUCAUGGUUUUUCUCAUGGAGCUUGACAUGAAUGCAUAUUGUCUGUUUCCCAAAACUGGGUGCUCAGGGAAGCAACAGGCAAAGAACUCAGUCACAAGCGAGCAUGCCACAAUGUAUAUAUAGCGUGGGAAAGCACUGUGGUAACAUAUGUCAACUGCUUAGCUCCAGACCAUGUGUACCAACUACUUGAUUCUGGAAGGGACCCACAAAUUUUAAUGAUUCCACUGUCAGCACUUCAUUCCAUCAUACAUCAUCUACCCUGGAUUAUGCAAUGCCUCAUCAUCUUGAAAGGGGAAGUUCAGGCUCAAACCUUACCCAGUCCGAAUACAAUUCCUCUACCAACGUACAGUUCUCUACCAGAGGUGCUGGUUGUAGGCAGGUUGGUCUAAGGAUGUUGGCAGACAAAGUUCUUGGAAUAAAUCUGAUAUCUUUUAUUAGAUCAACUAAAAUAGUUGGGAAAAUUCUUCUUUGCAAGCUUAUAGGUACACACAACCUUCUUCAGGCAGAGGAUGUGUCUGCAGGUGUUUUGUGCUUUUUCUGGAUGAGACAGAAGCCAGUAUGCAAGAAUGCAGGUCAGUGAAAAUACAAAUGUGUGGCAAUGGAUUUUUCCAACUAUGUUAGUUGGUCUAACAAAAGAUACCAUAUUUAGCCAAAGUACCCAAAGAAUUUUCUGCCAAUUCUCUACCUAACAUUUAAACUCUAGACAAUUCCCUAGGGUAUGAAGAUCCCAACAUCCUUUAGUUAGUCUACUCAAAAACAAAAAAGGGAAAGUGAAACAUUGAAAGUGUUCGGUAUCUUAACAGGAAAUAAGACUGCGUGUCCAUGUGUGAACAUACAUACUUACACGAUUUCUUCUCACUGGGAAAUAUGUGCUUUCCUAACUGCAUGGUCUCACACCCAUCUCCGUUAUCAUAGCACCUAAUGAAGUAGGCUGUCAUUUACCAAAGUUUCUCCCUCUGAAUGAAUUAGGUUUUUAAGAUGACAUCCUGCCCUGCAAUUACAUGGUCUCAACUGUUAUUUUCAAAACACCUUGGUCUGCCCAUUUUAUGUCCUCUUGGAUUUAAUUCACAGUGUGCCUUCAGAAUAGCAUGUUUGCUUUCAUUUAUAUUUCCUGUAGUAUGCAAUUCAUGGGAUGUCACACAGAUAAUAAAGGUGAACUGAAUAUAUUGGCCAUUAGCACAGAAUUGCUAAAUGUAGGGAUUGGACAUCCUUCCUUCUGAAGGAAUGGUUUUAUAUGAAUGCAGUGAAUCACAACAAACUAGAUCAUAUAUUCAGACAGUCAGGCUAGGGACAAAAGUUACACGUUAACCAGUUUAAGUAAUCAGAAAUGGGUUUAAAACUGUAACAGAAUUUAAGUCAGUGCACAUAAACCAGUUUCAAAAUGGCCAAAACUGGUUUAAGAUAAACCUGGUUGAAUGUCAGACUUAACUGAUUUGGGUCAAAUUGGUUUGUGGAACUUCUGUCCCAGACCCUUUCCUGGUUUAAGUUAAAUCAAAGUCCCCCAGUAUCCCAGCGUGCUGUGCAGCCCUGGGGUGUGCUCUGUGCUCCAAAGGAACAGGGCUGGCCCCACCUCCAGCUGCCAGCAAGGACUUAUCCAUCCCCAGCAGCCAGGAGAAGGGUGGAUUUCCCUACCUCCCUUGGGGAGAGGGGAAAAAUUCCUCCUCUCUCAGCCCAGCUUUAGACCCCCAGCUGGGCCGUGCCUGGUACAGGGGGUGGGAAGCCCUUAAUGGGGGCAUUUUCCCCACCCCACUCUCUCCUCAGCCGGUCUGCUGGCCAAGCAGGAGGUGUGGCUGGGUGAUCGGCCUGGCUCCCAGCUGCGGGAAAGCCUAUAGUGGGGACUUCAUCCCCCACCUGAGCUGGGAGCCAGCCUGAUCACCUGGCUAUACCCCUUGCUCAGCCGGCAAGCCAGUGUGGAAGGUACAGCCCGGCUCAAGGUCCA